CCCUGGUGAGUUCUGUCAUGCAGACGGCUCGUCUGCUAAUCCGUUUGUUUACUGGCCAGCGAAUGGUUAAUGUUGGCAGGCAGGUAGAAUGUUAGGUAGCCGGACAGCAAGGAAAACAAGAUCAUAAAAUGGUUGUUGCUGUUGAUUCAUAAAAGGUUCGCAUUGCCAACCGAAGGCAGGUCAAACAGUGGGCAGGUCAGAGCCUUGAGAGCUAUAUAAGCGAGGCGCUGUCGAGACGAAGCCAGCAAAUACGAUUUGGACUUUGAGGUGAGCAGAUCGUGAUAAACAGACAGAAGAGAACACACAUCUCUAUCGAUAUCGAUAUGGAGCAGAGCAAUCUUUACAAGCAACCAGUGUACACAUACUAUCCAAGUGCUGAGAUGAUGAUGCUUCAUCCGCUGCCGAUGAGGAAACCCAGUUUGAUGCAAUACAACAAUACGCCGGAGCAGAUUGAUCAGAUGGUGGAGCAGGAGCUGCAGCUUCUGAAGUCACACUAUGCCAACGAGGAGCAACGUUACGUCGACCAGAUGCUGAUCGCCAAUCCCAUCACCGUGGAGCGACGUCCGCCAGCCACGCGACCCGAAGAGACAACCGAAACAACAACGAUAACGACAACUGCGACUCCGGCCUCCAGUCGCGACGUGCAACGCCAGCGAGCAGAAUCGUGCCGCAAGUCGCGCUACAACAACAAGAUCAAGAAGGCCAAGCUGCGAUUCCGGCACAAGUACGCCUGCAACCAGCUGACGGAGAGCACCAAACUCUUGAGCUGCAUGCGCGACGUGAUCGCCCAGGCGGAGGCGCAGCUCCUUGCCCGCGGCUUCAAUCGCGCCGCCUUGGAGCGCAUGCGUCACAACUUUGGCGUCGACCGCUGUGGCGAUGCCCCCGAGCCCAACAGCAUGAUGAACAUGAACAUGAAUCACUGAAAACAGUCGCUGGCGUUGCACUUGAUAUACAUGAGCACACAUUCUAUUAUUAUAUACAUACCAUAUAAAUGCAUAUUAGUUGUA